CAGAGCAACCACCACCGAACAAUAACAGUACGAGUACACCCAGUCUCCUCUUCUCAAGUCUCAACUUUGUUGCCUUACCAUCAUUUCAUUUCUCUUUCUCAUGGCUUUCUCCAAGUUUUCUCUGCUUUUCUCGCUCCUUCUUUCUUCCUUUCUCUUCACCACUCAUCCUGUUCUCUGCGACGACGAAGAAGAUAAUCUUUAUCAGGGAAUCAAUGAAUAUCGAAGGUCCUUAAAUUUGACAACUCUAACAAAAAAUGACAAUGCUGAGUGCCUUGCUGAUGAACUAGCUGACCAGUUUAAGAAUCAGCCAUGUACAAACACCACAGGUGCCAAUACAGUACCAGGCACUGAGCCCCAGCUCCCGAAUUACCUAAACCUUUUGGCAAAAUGUCAUUUGAAUGUUUCCAACACAAGGGAUGGAGCUGUAAUGCCCGCUUGUGUUCCUGGCCUGGAUUCGAGCCUUGUCCUCACGAAUUUCACAAAGUCUCUCUACUCUGACAAUCUCAAUGACACAAAGUAUACAGGAAUUGGUAUUGGUUCUGAUAAAAACUGGAUUGUUGUUGUGCUGACCACUAGCACCCCAGAGGGAAGCUUUUUGGAGGCUAGUGCUAAUGGUGCUGAUAUGAUUUCCAAGAUUGGUUUAAUGUACUGUUCAAUGAUCUUGCUAGUACUUGGUAACAUGUUCCUGUUGUGAAUCUAGAAGAUGACUAUUAGCAAGAGAAGGUCUCCCCACCCCCCCUCUUUUUUUUUUGCCCCAGAAGGCAGGUGAAAACAAGCAAGAAAGAAGACAAUUUCUUUCUUAAGAGAUAAAGAAAUCCCUUUGUUACUGUUGUUUCAGUAUUGAUUGUCUGUAGAAUGAUACAGAAGAAUACACGAAAGAACCUAUUCACUCUGGUGGUUGUUAGAUCUUAUUGUCAUCAUCAUCAACAUUUUUUAGGUUAAAGUUUGGAAUUCCAAAUGUCAUGUGAACUUGGAAGCAAUAAAUUGUAUGAUUUGUGACAGUUUACAUGUA